AUGUACAUGUACCACAAAUACACCUGGCACCCUUGGAAGUCAGAAGAGGGCAUUGGAUCCCCUGCCUACGGUCGGCCAUCCAUUACCACGGCCUACGGUCUUCAGUCCAUUACCACAGCCUACGGUCCAUUACCACAGCUACGGUCCACCAUUACCACAGCCUACGGUCGGCAAUCCAUUACCACAGCCUACGGUCUUCAGUCCAUUACCACAGCCUACGCCUACGGUCUUCAGUCCAUUACCACAGCCUACGGUCGGCAAUCCAUUACCACAGCCUACGGUCUUCAGUCCACCACCACAGCCUACGGUCUUCAGUCCAUUACCACAGCCUACGGUCGGCAAUCCAUUACCACGGCCUACGGUCUUCAGUCCAUUACCACAGCCUAUGGUCUUCAGUUCAGUGUCUCUAGAUGGACCCACCCCCGAAUCCGAAGCCUCAUGGCCCGACAGUGCCUGGCAGAGUUUCUGGGUGUAUUUGUGCUAGUGCUCGCCAUACAGCGUUCUGUGGCCCACGCUGUCACCAGAGAAGGAAACAAAGGUGACUUCUCAAUGUUUCUGGCCACCUCUCUGGCUGUUACAGUAGCUAUCUACAUGGCAGGCAAUGUCUCAGGAGCCCACCUAAACCCAGCCUUCUCUCUGGCCAUGUGCUUGGGGGGCGCCUCCCUAGGCCACGCCCCCUCCCCUGGGCCACGCCCCCUCCCUGAGCCACGCCCCCUCCCCUGGGCCACGGUCCCCCCAUUUGCUGCUUUGUGUAACUGUUGUGUGCUUCUGUGCCUCAGGAGCUCCCUGCAUCCCGUGGUAGCAGAGGGGACAGGACUGGGGGCAGCUGUUGUGGGCAGGGGUGCCUUGCAGGGGUUUGGGAUAAACAAAGAAACUCUUGAGUGUCUCUCUCCUGAAGAUGCCCUCCAGCACUACACAGGCGGGAACCUGACAGUGACUGGUCCCAAAGAGACGGCCUCCAUUUUUGCCGCCUGCCCUUCCCCCUGUCUGUCCCUGAUCAAUGGCUUCUUGGAUCAGGUUCUGGGCACCUGGACGCUGAUUGUGGGGCUGUCAGUGAUCCCAGACAGACGGAAGAAAGGAGCUGCAGGGCUCGAGCCUGUGGUGGUGGGACUGCUGAUGCUUGCCAUCGGACUAGCCAUGGAUGCUAGUGGUUUUCCGCUCCACCCUGUCCGGGACCUGAGCCCACGGCUCUUCACCUACUUUGCUGGCUGGGGCUCUGAGGUCUUCAGUACAGGGAAUGGCUGGUGGUGGGUGCCUGUGGUGGCUCCUAUGCUGGGGUCCACCCUCGGCACAGUCACAUCCCAGCUCCUGGUGGCUCUGCACCUCCCUGAGGACCCAGAGCCAGUUCAAAGGUGGGUAGCAGCUCAGCUUGAGGCUUCAGACGUGGGAACUCCAGCUCAGCUGGAGUGUAAGCUGUGAUGAUUGCCAACCUUCUCUCACUCUGCAAAAGCACCAUGACCUGUCAAGCUUGCAAGACAGAUAUUCUCUGUGUUAAUAUGCCAGACCCCGGGACGCUUCUGUUUACUCUCUCCUGCUUAAACUGGGGAGAACCAGAGGACAUGAUCAGGCUCUUCUUCCAAACUGGUCUUUUCACCCUGAGGGCCUUUAGGCACACAGUUCCUUAAAGUGGCCGCUAGGGGGUGUGCGCACUGGCCGCUGGCUUUGGGAAGGUUUCUAGAAUCUGUUGGGUGGCGAGGUACUACCAUCCUUUGAGGGGUAGGGACCAGGGGCUUCUGGAGAGAAGCUUGGUUUCC